ACAAGAGAAGCCCGGCCGGCGUCCCGGCUUCCGUAGGCGGACGGCUCGGCGGCCCCGGAUGUUGAUAUACCGCCUGCCCCGGAAACGGUAGCGGGAAGUCCAAGGGGGCGGGGGCGGGGUUGCUGGGCUCUCCGGAAGGAGACGUGGCGGCUGUUGGGCCCCGGUUUGCCUGGGCGCUUGGUAGUCCCGCCGCCUCCUCCUCCUCCUCCUCCUCCUCCUCCUCCUCCCCCCUCCUCUCCUCUCCACUGUGGGCCGAGGGGGUUGUGGCGGCGGCUGGAGAACUCGGCGGCGGAGGAUGGAGGAAGGAGGCGGCGGCGCGCGGAGUCUGGUCCCAGGCGGGCCGCUGUUACUGGUACUCUGCGGUCUCCUAGAGGCGUCCGGCGGCGGCCGAGCGCUCCCCCAGCUCAGCGAUGACAUCCCUUUCCGAGUCAACUGGCCCGGCACCGAGUUCUCUCUGCCUACAACUGGAGUUUUGUAUAAAGAAGAUAAUUAUGUCAUCAUGACAACUACACAUAAAGAAAAAUAUAAAUGCAUUCUUCCCCUUGUGACAAGUGGUGAUGAGGAAGAAGAAAAGGAUUAUAAAGGCCCAAAUCCAAGAGAGCUAUUGGAGCCCCUAUUUAAACAGAGCAGUUGUUCCUACAGAAUUGAGUCUUAUUGGACUUACGAAGUAUGUCACGGAAAACACAUUCGGCAGUACCAUGAAGAGAAAGAAAGUGGUCAGAAAGUAAAUAUUCACGAGUACUACCUUGGGAAUAUGUUGGCUAAGAACCUUCUAUCCGAAAAAGAACAAGAAGCGGAAGAAAAGGAAAAAUCAAAAGAGAUUCCCACUAAAAAUAUCGAAGGUCAGAUGACACCCUACUAUCCAGUGGGAAUGGGAAAUGGUACACCUUGUAGUUUGAAACAGAACCGGCCCAGAUCAAGUACUGUGAUGUACAUAUGUCAUCCUGAAUCUAAGCAUGAAAUUCUUUCAGUAGCUGAAGUUACAACUUGUGAAUAUGAAGUUGUCAUUUUGACACCACUCUUGUGCAGUCAUCCUAAAUAUAGAUUCAGAGCAUCUCCUGUGAAUGACAUAUUUUGCCAGUCACUACCAGGAUCACCAUUUAAACCCCUCACCCUGAGACAGUUGGAACAGCAGGAAGAAAUACUGAGGGUGCCUUUUAGGAGAAAUAAAGAGGAAGAUAUGCAAUCAACUAAGGAAGAGAGAUUUCCAGCAAUCCACAAACCCAUUGCUGUUGGUUCUCAGCCAAUGCUCACAGUUGGAACAACCCACAUAUCCAAAUUGACAGAUGACCAACUCAUAAAAGAGUUCCUUAGUGGUUCCUACUGCUUUCAUGGGGGUGUUGGUUGGUGGAAAUAUGAAUUCUGCUAUGGCAAACAUGUACAUCAAUACCAUGAGGACAAGGAUAGUGGGAAAACCUCUGUGGUUGUGGGGACAUGGAACCAAGAAGAACAUAUUGAAUGGGCUAAGAAGAAUACUGCUAGAGCCUAUCACCUUCAAGACGACGGUACCCAGACAGUCAGGAUGGUGUCACAUUUUUAUGGGAAUGGAGAUAUUUGUGAUAUAACUGACAAACCAAGACAGGUGACUGUAAAACUAAAGUGUAAAGAAUCAGAUUCUCCUCAUGCUGUUACUGUAUAUAUGCUAGAGCCUCACUCCUGUCAGUAUAUCCUUGGGGUUGAAUCUCCAGUGAUCUGUAAAAUCUUAGAUACAGCAGACGAAAAUGGACUUCUUUCUCUCCCCAACUAAAGGGUAACAAAGUUCAGGGAAAAAAAAGAUCAUUGGAAGUCAUGAUGAUUUGUCUGACCAUGUGUCCCAUUAUAGAGCUCUCAGUCAUUGGACAGCAUCUAAAGGAUUGUAUAAAAGGACUCUCAACCACUUUGUGAAUAUGUAUGUGUACAUAAGAGGUUAUUGAUAAACUUCUAAGGCAGACGUUUUGUUUCACCUUUUUCAUUUUUGUUGUGUCUUAUGAACUGAUUGUGUGUUUUUCUUUGCUUGGAUAAUGUGAUUCCAAAAUAAAUCCUGUCCAAGCAAUUUAGAGUCUAUCCUAAUGAAAUGUCAUAAUCAUUGUACCUAUUGAAAGUUUUUAAAUAAUAGAUUUAUUAUGUAAAUUAUAGUAUAUACACUAGCUAAUAAAGUAAGGAUAAUGAAGAAAGAAAUUGACAGGAGGUUGUUUAAAUGAGAGACUGUUAAAUAUGUAAUUUCUAGCACCUGAAAUCCUUUCAACAAAUUUUUAUUUAGCAACCGCUCUCUACCAGGUAUUAAACUAGAAACUGGACACACAGUAAAGCCUCACAUAUAAGUUUUCUUCUCCUCUGUUAAUCUCAAGAAACUCUUAUUUACAAUAGGUUGCUUCUCUCUCAGAACUUUUAUCUGUUUCUUUCUCCUUGAUAUGAAUGUGUUUCCCCCCCAAAAUAUGUACCUGGUAUAGACAGUCGGUGAUUCUUCUCUUUCAACUUAGAAUGAUUUAUCUUAACAAAACACACUGUGCUGGCUAUCCUUUGUACUUGCCUACUAUAUACUACAGAUUUUAGUUCUGGACAGUUUUACAGCACAAUAUUUAUUUUUAAGUGAAUAAAAUGUCCACAAGCAGUGUUGUCAUGUAGUCAAUGGCA